AUGUCCGCCGCUUUCAUCGAGGCCAUCAAGGAGCGCCGCUCCAUCUACACCCUCACCUCCGAGUCCACCAUCCCCGACGACAAGAUCGUCGAGAUUGUCUCCGAGGCCGUCAAGCACACCCCCUCCUCCUUCAACGCGCAGUCCUCCCGCGCCGUCGUCCUCUUCGGCGACGAGCACAAGAAGGUCUGGCAGCUCGUCCUCGACACCCUCAAGCCCAUCGUCCCCGCCGACCAAUGGGGCGCCACUGAGGGCAAGGUCAACGGCUGUUUCGCCGCCGGCCACGGCACCGUCCUCUUCUUCGAGGACUCCGUGCCCGUGAAGAAGCUCCAGGACGCCUUCCCCAUCUACGCCGACAACUUCCCCGGCUGGUCGCAGCACUCCUCCGCCAUCCUCCAGUUCAUCAUCUGGACCGCGCUCGCCAAGGAGGGCCUCGGCGCCACCCUCCAGCACUACAACCCGCUCAUCACCCAGCAGGUGCUCUCCACCUGGGGCCUCCCCGACACCUGGAGCCUGGUCGCGCAGAUGCCAUUCGGCAAGCCGUCCGCGCCCGCGGGUGCCAAGGAGUUCUCGCCCGUCGAGGAGCGCGUCAAGGUCUUCGGCAAGUAG